AUGCCUUUAUGGCUUGCGGUGAAGGGUAGUUUGAUUGUUCCGUGGCGUCGUGACUGGGUGGAAUCACAGCCUACGAGAAAUAUGGAGAUUCGUGUCGGUCGACGUACGAAUACCGCGUGCCAGAGACUCAAUAAUAUCAUGAUGAACCGGCGAUAUCACUACUUAAAGUUCUCGCCAGCUGUAACUAUCUUGACGGAACUGCCGGGUGCUCUCCAAAAACCUGUCUUCCUAUCGCCAGAGUUGUCAUCUGAGAUUCCCGCGACGGCAGAAACAUAUCAUAUUGGUGACCUAGUCAAGUCAUGUUUCCUUCUCGUUACCCCUGCUGCUUUGACAACAUCCAUAUGGAGUUCGUGGCUCGAGCAGUGCAUCACACGACACAUGCAGCUCAGGCUUUACUUGCAAGACGGGUGUAAGUAUGAGUUGUUCGCUUUGCACCUGGAAAACUUCACUUCUCGGACGAGCUUGGCGGACCGAACAUGGGGCGACACCGACAUCAAAGUGCCUGUACAUAUAAGGAAGAAGAAGCUAGUUCGAGGACAAUCGAGCUUCGUCAUUCUGCCAGACACUGCUCCAUCGAAUUAUCCUCUAGACCUCCCGGUGGAGGCCAUAGUGAUCAUUGCGCUUGCGAGUUGUCAAGAAACAUUGAACACGAUACACGAUGGAUUUAUUUGGGUGGCAUGUGGCAAGUAUGCCGGAUGGUUGUUCUGUGGUUGGAUAUUCUGGAUUUGUAAUGCAAGUGGGGCGACACAAUACCGGACAAUUAUGUUGUUCCAAAAGUGUAAGGAAGACAAAAAGCCAUCGCUUAAGCACUCCCAGUCGAUGCCAUUCAGAUACUCGCAAGCGAGCAUGUUCGAGCCUUACGCCGAUCCUUUCAUAGCUGUAUACCAUGGCAAGACCCCCUCUAAACCUUCUAACAUCGUGCACGUCGAGCAAGCUCCAGGGAUGCGGGACAUCCAUCGUGCGCAGUGGCACCCAGGUGUCCACGACCAUCCGCCAAGUCAUGCCCACUUCGACACGCGUGCACACUUGCUGGACCAGUUUCCUAGUCCCCCACCGCCCCCUCCGAAACCCACUCGCAGUGCCUCAAGAACGACUUCAUUAAACCCACAGAGCAUGAGGCCUCAACUGCCCCCGAAGAACUGCAACACAAGCGACCAACCCGUCGCAGGCAGACACAGAACUAUUCAGCAGUCUUCUUCAGCCACGUACUAUUCGCAGCCCACAGCUGCAGCAUACCCCUCCCUGGGUCGCAAAAAGCGGCGCGAGGCCACCGCUGAUCAAGCUAUGGCGGAUCUGCUGCAAACACCUGAUGGCCGGCCUCCCAUAUUUGGGAGCAGUAGGCAGGCAGAACGUGCCCGCGCCAAGUCGAGCACUGGUCACUCAUACAUCCCCAUCCCUCACGAUCUGCUGGAAACAGCUGAUGGACGACCUCCCGUAUUUGGAAGCAGCAGACAGGCAGAACGUGUGCGCACUAAGUCGAGCGCUGUUCUGUACAUACACCCCUGUCCCUUAUGA